AAUACGUCGAGAGAUACGCCGGUGAACAAUUUAUUUCAAUUAUCAUGAGUAAGCUUACUAGACUCAUUGCGUUGUAUUGCUUUAUAUAGAGAAAUCUUUAAACUUUACAUUUUGAAGAAAAGGCUUUCUAUUCUGUGUCGUGGAACAAAUAAUGGUUUGGGAUGAAACGUUAGUGACAUCUAGUCUUGCAACCUUGGUUAUGGUUACAAGAAAAAGUGUAUUUUGAAAAUAUUUCCUAGUGUUUUCUUCGAAAAAACAUCAGUGAAUUAUUUGUUGACUGUGCGGUGAAUACGUUUGUUUCUGUGGUGUCACGAAAACAGUGUUAUGUCGGGCGGCAGAAGCAUCGACAAGGAGCGCAAGUCGCCCAGGGAAAGUGGAGAGGAUUCCGAGGAUGAGAGUGAAAUCCUGGAGGAAAGUCCCUGCGGCCGCUGGCUUAAACGUCGUGAAGAGGUCGAACAGCGAGAUGUGCCAGGUAUCGAUUGCGCGCACCUCGCUAUGGACACAGAGGAGGGUGUGGAGGUCGUUUGGAACGAAGUACAGUUCUCCGAGCGAAAGAACUUUAAAGCACAGGAAGAUAAGAUCCAAAUGGUAUUCGACAACCUCACACGACUCGAACACCCAAACAUCGUUAAGUUUCAUCGAUAUUGGACAGACACACAUAACGAUAAGCCGAGAGUUAUAUUUAUAACAGAAUAUAUGUCGUGUGGAUCUCUAAAACAAUUCUUAAAGCGAACUAAGCGAAACGUCAAACGGCUGCCACUACAGGCUUGGAAACGAUGGUGUACUCAGAUACUUUCGGCUCUCAGUUAUCUUCACGGUUGCGUACCCCCGAUCGUCCACGGCAACCUCACCUGCGACACGAUCUUCAUUCAACACAACGGGCUAGUCAAGAUUGGUUCAGUGGCACCAGACGCUAUCCAUCACCACGUCAAGACCUGUCGCGAGAACAUGAGGAACAUGCAUCUCAUCGCUCCCGAAUACGGAUCAUCUCAAAUGGUGACGCCAGCGAUGGAUAUCUACUCAUUCGGCAUGUGCGCUCUCGAGACCGCAGCUCUUGAGAUUCAGGGCAAUGGUGACUCCGGUAGCCACGUCACUGAAGAUCACAUCGUUCGGACAGUUGAGUCUCUCGAGGAGCCCAGGCAGAAGGACUUCAUAUACAGGUGCAUAAAUAAGGAUCCGGCGAAGAGGCCAACGGCCAGAGAACUCCUGUUUCAUCCUUUGCUGUUCGAAGUUCACUCCCUCAAGUUACUAGCGGCUCAUACUCUCGUCAAUACUAGUGCGAACAUCUCGGAGACGAUAACGGACGAGGUGUGCGGCGGCGCGGGCGGCGCGGCGCUGGCGUGGUGCGAGCGCGCCGGCCUGCGCCACGAGCUGUCCGCCAAGGACCUGCCGCACGCCGAGAAGCUCGAGAAGUUCGUCGAGGACGUCAAGUACGGCAUCUACCCGCUCACGGCCUACGGGCCCGCGCGCCGCGCCGCGUCGCCGUGCGAGCGCGCGCGCGCCGCGUCCGAGAGCGCGCCCGCGUCGCCCGAGCCGCGCGCGCGCGACCUGGAGACGCGCCGCGUCGUCAACAUGAUGUGCAGCCUCAAGCCCGCGCCCGCGCCGCCCGCGCCGCCCGCGCCGCCGCCCGAGCGCUGCGACCUGCUGAUGACGAUCCUGCUGCGCAUGGACGACAAGAUGAACCGCCAGCUGACGUGCUGCGUGUCGCGCCGCGACUCCGCGCACGCGCUGGCGCACGAGCUCGUGCAGCUCGGCUUCAUACACGAGGCCGAUCGGGACAAGAUCUGCCGCCUGAUGGAGGAGUCCCUCCGCAGCAGCUUCGGCCAGCUGCCGCGCGCGCCGCAGCAGGUCGUCAGCUAGUGACGCCGGCGCCGACCCCGCCCGCCCGCCGUCGACACCGCCGCCCCACUUCCCCCCGGGAGAGGCCCAUCGUCCGACCUGACCUGAGUGAAUAGAAAUAGAGUUUCGAAGAUAAAACGUAAGCCAAUUGAAGUGUCGUCGAUAAAAACUGUAGAUAUGUAGUAGUAUCGAUUUACACAUUAUAUAUUUGUAAAUUUUUUAUUAAAUAAAACUGUACCUACUGUGCUUAAAUUUCGUAUUAUAACUAUUAGCUAAAAAAAAUUCAGCGGUAUUUUUUGUCAUCGUAUUGGUAUUCAUUUUAUGUACAAUACCUAUUAUGGUUCUACUGAUUAGAAAUUCUAAAUUUAUUUAUAUUAUUUACUGAUAUUAGAUAAAUACAUAUCCGACUUCUAGAAUUUAUUUGCUGUAUCUUAUCAUUCAUAUGAAAUUUAUAUAAUAAUUGCACAAACAUGUCACCCUGUGGAAUGCCCGCUGAUUUUAAACUAUUUUAUUAUGAAAUAUUUUUGGUACUGUAAAAAGAUAUUAAAGUUUUCAGGUCGGUCGGACGAAUAACUUCCAUUGUACUGUAAUUGCUGACCAGAUAAUAUUUAAAAUAAUAGGUCGGGAUUCAUCACCGGCAUUUAAGAAAAUCUAAUAGUUUUAGAUUUUUAUAGAUAAAGGUCCCGACGUUUAAUGGCCUUUAGCAUUUCUUCGAACUUCAGAACCACUUAGCUUUUACCGAGGUCCUGACGAGGUCUUAUUAGCCACCUAGCAGCGGGGCAGAGUCGAAACGAUUUUCAUACGAUCUAUGAAAGUUGCGGAUACUUCGUACCCGUGUAUUAUAGUUUAGAUUUACGAUGCAUCUAAUUAUAUAAAAUGGUCUUAUGAAAGAGAUUUAAUAUCGAGAAUAUGUAUUUUUGCAUACGAAUGAAUUGUAAACGAUUGAACGAGUAGUCGAUGAUAGAUAUCGAUUCGUGUUAAUAGUUUUAGCUGUUAACGCGUUGUGACUGGGAUUGUUAAAUUUAAAACUUAUGUACCUUCUAAACUUUAGUGUUUAAAACAUAAAAUGUCGAUUAUAACAACGUUACGAGUCACGAGGGGUUUUUGUCGGAGGUAUCAAAGUUUGUAAGGGCUGAGAUUACAAAUUUUGUCUCUGAUGAUAUACUUGACGAGCAUUGUACACACAUCUACGCAGUUUCCGGUAGUGAGUAUCGCUUAUUGAAAAUUAAUUACUUAUAUAAUUAUUAAAUACAAAUCUAAUCGUCUAUUCCCACGUGCAUAGUGAUCGUCAAUUUGUAUAUCGUCAUGUUUAUAUGCAUUUCGCCUCCGCGAGAACUAUUUGCUAGUCGAAAAUGAAUCUAAAUCCGAGCAACCACGACGUUAUUUUGUAUAAAAUUGAUACGCUUUUAAUAGAAAUUGUCGAAAUAAACGUCACUUUAAGGAUUAUUGUGUAAAUUGUAAAUGAAAAAAAAACGUUUGAAAUGAUUCGUAGUGGUUCGUUUGGACGAGAAUGCUUUAGUUAUUUAGAAUUUGUAUGAAUGUGUAAAUGUAACAAAUGAUAUUUAAAAAAUAUUUAACUAAACGAUUACAUUAACUAUUAUAAUAUAUGUAUAGUGAGGCUUCCUCUUAGAGCUUUAUGGAUAUGGUUAUGUAAGUAUACGGAAAUUUAAACAUACUCACUAUUGAAAUAAGGUUGAAAUUUGUACCGUCGCUCGCGUUUCGUUUUACAUCCCGAAUACCGUUGUGAAGUUGCUUUGUCGCCCGAUGUCGAACCCUAAACCCUGUCGGUCUUAUUGUUGAUAUAAUAAAACAAUAGAAUACAAUACUAAAUUAUAAUCACGAUUUUCUUAUACCUACAAUUUAACAAUACGAUUUCCUACUCGAUUUUAAAUAUUAAUUUAGACAAAGUGAUGAACGUGACAAAAUCAUAUUAGAAGACGAUAGUUUAAACGAUUCGGAUUCCGAUAGUUACAAUGAAUACUUAGACAUUUUAUUUUCACAACGAACAUUGAAUCAUUAAUGAAUGAUAAUGUUCUAGAACAAAAUAUUCGAAUAAAUUCCGCCGCUUUCCGAUCGACCGGAGUCGACGUCGCGUGCUCGUACGAAGUUUAACGAGAUUGCAUUUAUAAUAGUUCCAAGUGUUUGUAUCGGUUCGUCUCUCGCGUUUGCGACUCCAGGUUCCUAGCGCUCGUGUCGUGUCGCACUCGUCGCAGGCUAUUCAGUUAACGAUAGUGGUGCCAAAUAUUAGGUGCCAAUUAUGAAUUGUUUUAAAUGAUAUAUAUUCAUUUCUUGUACCCCGUCGUGCUUAAACGUAGUAUAUGGAGUUUCAUUUGAUAUAUUUCGAAUUUUAUUUAACUCUCUUAGUGUGCUCGCAUCCGUCUCUCGCGUUUAGUCAAUAAUUAAAGAACGUCUUACAGGUUAUUGCGUUGCGUAAAUAGUUUCAUAUUGUUGAAGUUUAAUUGUUCUCGACGGUCUAAAUUAAACGUUUUCGGUUGUUAUUAAUUAUGUAAAAGAGAAUCGAUUUCAUCUGCUGUCACGAUCCAUAUCCAUGAAUACUAUAACACGGUAGUGUGUGUGGCGAGCGCUUAGUGUAGUGUAAACGAAAGACUGGCUAAUGUAACGAGAUAGGUUCGCGGGAGGGCGCACGCGCUCGCGUCUGCGACCAACGGGGCGGCAUCAAUUCUAGUAUUACGCUUUUUAUUAUUUGACAGAAAAUGUACUUUUAAAAAUCAAACUAAAGUAUCACGUUUAGAAAUACUUUUAAAAAUUUAAUUAUACGUUUUUAUUCGUAGAAAAAUUAGGCAAUUUUUGAAAAAUUAUCAAAUUUUGAUCGCAGACGUCCGAGCGAGUGUUCGGAAGGCAGGUAUGUAGCUAGUAAAGUGGCGUGCCCUUGUAAAUAAUCGCUUAGUCUAAACUAUACUUAUAAAUGAAUAUUAUAACUAUAAUACUGAUGUAAUGUACCUAUCGUGAUUUCACGAGCGCGGUGGUCACCGCGAGUCGAACUUCUUCUAUUGCUUUAAUAUUUAUUGGUUAUUCAUUUGUUGUUCCGUUAAUAUUUGUUUUUUAAAUGUUUACAAUUACAAUGGUAUCAUUUGCUUCGAUUAAUUCGUUUUAGUUGAUAUCGAUAACAAUUAUGAUUGCGGGAUGUAGUGAUACCGUCGGUGGGAGAUGUUAUCCGCACUGAUGAUCUUGUUAUUGUCCUGUUCAAGUUCAUAUAUUGAUAUAUAUAUAUAUCAAAAGUAUUUUCCGUCGAUACAUUAUUUUGUAUAUGUACUUCCCCUAACGAAUUUCGAAUUGAUAUAAUAUAGUAUAAACAUAGGUGCGAUUAUUACUGAUGUAUGUUAUCACAGGAUAAGGUAUUAGGCGGACCAUAAAAUGAUCUAGGGUCGUUUUACGAUGAGUAAACAUUUAAAACAAUUAUAAAAUUAGACUUUGCUUCUAGAUUGUGAACGGCCGGCGUCAGAGGAGUCCAUGUAUAGUCAUAUACAACAAUAGUAUUUAAAGAAGUUUUAAAUGAAUUUUUACACAAAAUUACCUUCGAUUGUACCUGUUUCUGAUAUAUAAAAAGCUAUAUUAUAAUUAACAGACCCCCAAAUUACGUCACCAGUUAAAAAGCCCUAUUUAAUCGAUAUCUUCUAGCAAUAACGAAAUAGCUAUUUUGCGUUGUUUGUUUUUUUUUUAUAACGUCGAUACUUUGCAAUAUAUAGAGAUUUACUCGUGUACCUCUGAUCUUACCUGCCUUUUUAUUAUAAUUUCUAAUAUACACUUUUUUUUUUGUUUUAACAUUUCAUUUUAUAAUUAUUUAUUUCUAGUAAAAUGGACACAUAAGUCGACUUCAGUCAUUUGUAUAUAAUCUGAAUUGUUCUUUUUAUCCAAAGAUGUAUGUGUUCAUUUAUGAAAAUUGUAUUUUUAUUUUAUUUGAAUUUUUUUAAAUUGAAAUUGUAACAAAUAUUUAUUGGAUCCAGAUAGCAUUUCCACUCGAUUUUAAUUUUCCUCAAAAACGUAUCGUAAGCUUCCGUACCGUAUGUUAUCGCCUAAUAUAUAAAUAUGCUCAAAAUGACAUAACCAAUUUCAGAUGAUCGAACGAUCGAGUGAUGUUUGCAUACUAU